AUGCAGCCGAGGCCGGCACGAACACACCACCGCGUCCUCUCGGGCGCAGCCGCGCUCGCCAACUGUCUGACUGCAGGAGCGCCCUUCGUCUUCGCCCUCUUCUCGCCCCAGCUCCAGUCGGCCCUGCAGGUCACCGCGUCCAAGGUCAACCUGAUCGCGUCGUCCGCCAUCCUCGGCGAGUACGCUCUCGCCGCCUACUUUGGCUCGCUCGCCGACCGCCGCGGCCCCGGCGCCGUCUCGUUCGUGUCGGCCGCCCUCUUCGCGACGGGCUUCAGCGGCCUCGUGUGGCGGUACAAGCUCGCCCUGUCGCGCGAGCUCGAGGGCGCACCGCCGCACGACGCCGAGUGGGUCGUCGUCGCCUCGUGCUGGUUCUUCGUCGGGUGCGGCACGGCCGCGUCGUACUUUGCCGGCAUCAUCUCGCUCGCCAAGUCGACGCCGGCGAGGCAUUCAGGCCUCGCCAUCGGCGUCCCGUGCGCCGUGUUUGGCCUGUCGCCCCUCUUCCUGUCGAGCGUCGCGUCGUUCUUCACGACGGCGAGCAGCGUCGACGGUCGGCGCGACAUGCUCGACGUCGCCAAGUACCUCACCUGCAUCGGCGUCCUCCUCACCUUUGUCAACCUCGUCGGCGGCUUCCUGAUUCAGGAGUUGCCGUGGGAGGAGAACCUCGACAAGCCCUUCGUCGACGUCGUCGAGCCAUUCGGCGACGGUGACGACGAGUGCGGCGUCGACCAGUACGGGCCCGACUCGGGCUUCGACUCGUCGGCCACUCGGCCCGUCGGCGCCGACCAGGUCCCGACCGAGCGCACGGCCCUCCUCGGCGCCUCGACAGCCCCGUCGUCGAGCGUCACAACGCCGAGCGGGUCCCUGCGCGCCUUGGUCUCGAGCUCGUCGUUCUGGCUCCUUGGCGCCGUCGUCCUCCUCGCGACCGGGCCCUGCGAGAUGUACAUGGCCAGCCUCGGCUCAGUCGUCUCGUCGCUCUCGCGCUCGCCCGCGCUCCACGCCGCCGCGCCGAUCAGCGCCCUCGCCCUGCGCAAGCGCCACAUCGCCGUCAUCUCGGUCGUCAACACGCUGUGGCGCCUCGUCGUCGGCGGCGCGUCCGACUACCUCGCGGCGGCCGGCCCGGACAAGGACCGCCAGCCGGCGUGGCGUCGCCAGGUGCGCCUCGUCUUUGUCGCGGUCGCGUGUGUUGGUCUCGCGGCGGCGUACGGCUGGGGCGCGACGGGCUUGGCGACGCCGGCGGGCCUGUGGGUCAUCACGUUCGUCACGGCCGUCGCGUACGGCACCAUCUUCACGCUCACGCCUGCGCUCGUCCGCACUCGAUGGAGCCCGGCCGACUUUGGGAGGAACUGGGGGCUCUUGACCUGGUUCUCGGCCGUCGGCGCCCUCGUUUUUACGCCCUUGUUCGGCGUUCUGCGCGACCUCGCGACCGACGGCACGGGCGAGGGCUCGUCGUGCACGAGCACGCGGUGCUACCGCCCGAUCUUUGCCCUGUCAGCCGUCAGCGCCACCCUCGCGACGGCCCUGGUCGGCUUGCUGGCGACGAGGUGGGCGAGGCGGACCGGCGCGAGCGCCUGAGCGGCUCGCUCGCGUUCACCGUGUUUUUUGUUUUAUCUGGGUCCGCCAAGAGCGUCUCUGCCUUGCCUUUGUUGUUGUAGAUUCCCUCCUCACCGUCCGUUAUGCGACGGCGAGUUUCUCACUCG